ACAGCGGCCGGUGUGUUGUUGUCAGAGACAGCUGUGAAGUAAAGCUGCAGAGGAGAGACCACUUCAUCACUUCAGCUUCACACUAAGCAGCUUGUGUGCUCAGGUUCCUGGACACGGACUAACUCUCACUGGGACUAGCUAGGUUAGUCAACAAAGAAAAGAAAGAAAACCAAAACAAUUUGAUGACAAAGCUGACUGAUAGGAGAUGUGUGCUGCUGUGUAUGUGCUGUCCACGGUAACGGGCUAUGUGCUCACCUCUGCCCUGCUGCUGAAAUGCCCGAGUCUUUUGCACCGGAGGAAGCGAGAGACUUUCCGCAGCAGACACAUUUCCCAUCGUGGAGGAGCAGGUGAAAACCUGGAAAACACCAUGGCCGCUUUUAAGCACGCUGUGGCUCUCGGCACUGACAUGCUGGAGUUGGACUGCCACCUGACAAAAGACGAACAGGUAGUGGUUUCACAUGACGCCAACUUGCGGAGGUCCACCGGCAUCAACGCCUACAUCUCCGACACGGCAUACGCUGAGCUCCCUCCAUAUCUCUGCAAGCUGGGCGUAACUUUUCAGAGGGAGUGUUUCUGCGAGGGGGGAGAAGACAAACGCAUUCCUCUCCUCAGGGACGUUUUUGAUGCAUUUCCUAAUACCCCUGUCAACAUUGACAUCAAGGUCAACAAUGACACGCUCAUCAAAAAGGUCUCUGAGCUGGUUGUUAAGUACGACAGAGAGCAUCUGACUGUCUGGGGCAACGCCAGCAACCAGGUUGUAAAGAAGUGUUACAAAGAGAACCCUCGUAUUCCCGUGUUGUUCAGCCUUCCCAGAGUAUUGCAGCUGUUAGGCCUCUUCUACACCGGCCUCCUGCCCUUCGUUCCCCUCAAAGAGCAGUUCCUGGAGAUCCCCAUGCCCUCAAUUAUUACCAAACUUAAGGAUCCUAACAAUUUAACUAGGAGUCAGCAAUUCAUCGCCUGGCUGGCAGACACUUUGCUGAUGAGGAAAGCUCUGUUUGAUCAUCUAACUGCCAGGGGAAUACAGGUUUACGUUUGGGUGCUAAAUGACGAGGAGGACUUCCAGAGGGCAUUUGAUUUGGGAGCCACGGGAGUUAUGACAGAUUUUCCCACCAGGCUUAAAGACUUCAUGGACAGGAAUGGCAUUUCUAAGCCUCAGUGACCUGCCAAAAUCUACCUCAGCCACCCCACACUAGUAAAUUAUCCUGACUGACCUGCCAAACUAUCCCCCCCACCCCACACGCACUCACUCUAAUGGAUUCCAGCAGGGCUACUCUCACACUGUGUUUUACAGUCGGUAGGGAUCUCCGUGACGUUCUGCAUCCUGCGCUGGUUUCAGUUAUACUGAUAACGUCUGUAUAGUAAUGUUAAAGGACACAUAUAUACACAGAUCAGCCAUAACAGUAUGAGCAGCUGGGCACCCUGGUGGACAUAAUGUUCUGCAGCACCAUACCAACAAACUGUGAUACACUGUGUGUUCUGACCCCUUUCUAUCAGAACCAGCAUUAACUGUUUCAGCAGUUUGAGCUACAGUAGCUCGUCUGUUGGAUCGGACCAC